AUUUGUUAAGUUUUCGUUGGACCAUACUAAAUAUGCUAAUUUAAAUUGGGAAAGGGCUGUUGGUGCUGAGCACUAUGCCCUCCUGCAAUCAUUGGAAAAUUUAUUUCUACAAAAGCAAACAGUUCGUCACGUAGAGUGCUGUAGUUAUCAAUUAUUUCAUACGACUAAUGAUUUCAAGAAUUAGUCCACGUUUUGUUCAGUGAAAUUGAAAACUGAUUUUUAAAUACACUAAAGUCCCUACUGUACUAGAAAAUUAUUGGUAUUUCGAGCCUUUCAUAUGAACAUAAUGAAAAUAUUCCAAAGGAAGUUGCAAUGCCUUCACAGAGCUCUCCAGGAAGAUGUCAUGUUCUACGUUACAUAAGCAACCCUGAGAAUACGUCGAGUUGAUAGUGUUCUACGAUGACUUCAGCUUUUCCUGCUGAAGAAUUCGUGUUUCCUUUUUUCGACAAUUUCACGACACAGGAAGUGACGAAUUUUUCUACCAAUUCUUACAACGAAAGUUUUCAAGAGGCGAAUAGGUUUAUUCUUCCAGUAUGGCGACAAGUAUUGUGGACGAUUCUAUACGGAAGCAUGGUGAUUGUGGCAACAGGAGGAAAUUUAAUCGUUAUUUGGAUUGUGCUGGCUCACAAAAGAAUGAGGACUGUUACGAAUUAUUUCUUAUUGAACUUGUCGAUAGCAGACACGAUGGCGUCAACCUUGAAUGUCACCUUCAACUACGUCUACAUGCUCAAUUCACAUUGGCCAUUCGGUGAAUUGUAUUGCAAAAUAACACAGUUCAUCGCUAUGCUAUCCAUUUGUGCAUCGGUGUUCUCCCUCAUGUCCAUCUCGAUUGACAGAUACAUGGCCAUCAUGAAACCCCUCCGACCUCGAAUGGGUCGGACGGUAACUCUCCUUCUAGCUAUGAGCACUUGGGUUGUCGGCUUCAUCAUAGGACUUCCGUCCUGGCUCUUCUAUAAAACCUACCAUUUCUCCAUCUCGGAGACGGAAGAGAGGAUCAUAUGCUUUUCCGAAUGGCCGGAUGGAGUCACCAACGAAUCCAUGAUAGAGUACAGCUACAACGUGGCUUUCCUGUUUGUGACCUACGUUGUCCCUAUCGGAUCGAUGACGUUCACCUAUGCCAGGAUAGGAAAAGAGUUAUGGGGGUCGCAGAGCAUAGGCGAGUGUACACAACGUCAGAUGGAAAACAUCAAGAGCAAGCGAAGGGUGGUGAAAAUGAUGAUGGUUGUUGUAAUUAUAUUCGCUGUUUGUUGGCUUCCGUAUCACCUUUACUUCAUCGUCACUUCCUACUUUCCUGAUAUCACCAAUACUCGAUACAUCCAGGAGACCUACCUGGCCAUUUAUUGGUUAGCCAUGAGCAACUCGAUGUACAAUCCUAUGAUAUACUGCUGGAUGAAUGCAAGGUUCAGAAGAGGUUUCAAACAGUUUUUUUCAUGUCUUCCUUGCGUACACGUCGCCCCAGCUGCACUCACUCGGAGAGAGGUCCUAACAGGCAGAAAAAGAUCAUGUUCUGGUUCUCCUGACCACAACAGGAUAACGAGAAAUGGGACGCUUCGUAUAACUUUCAUGACAAGCCGUCCUAGCCCAACGGCAUCGACAAACACGUACUAUUCUAACGUGCACGACGAGACUACGCAGAUUCAUCGUGGCGGAUUUGAAUCGAAGAGAAAAUGGAGCGGCAUAGAGAUGAAACAGUUCCCUGCAUCCUGACGAAAGAGACAUCUUGGUGAGGUCGACGUAAGUUCAAUACAGGAGAGACGGGAAUGGAUAUGAUAUAAAUCCUCGCGAUCCAACAAUCGGUGGAAUCGCGGGGCCAACAGGAACAGCAUUAUUCUAGAUCGAAAUUUCUAAAUCUGUAAAUUAUCGCAUGAAUAUUCACCCUGUUUAUUGAAGAUUUUUCUCACUUGGUGAAUUGAUCAUUCUGAUUGGAAUAAAAACGUGAGAUGGCCCAAGUGGACAUCACAGCUUUUCUUGAAGAUGUCAUCAACUCAUGACUUUCACGUCAUAAUCAGACCUUUUGUAAUCAAUAUGCAUAGUCAGCAGCUACAACAUAACAAUUAUCGAAAAAAUUGUCAAUUUUUGUUUCUGGAAUAAUUAUUGUUUUGCGAUGCUUGAAUAAAGUUUUCGAUGAUGCCACAUGAUAUCAUCAUAUCUAUUUUCAUUAAUUCUGAAUUAUCGAAUGUAAUACUAUGUUUCGUUUCUUACAAUGAAAACAAAAAUAACGAAUGAAAUAAAACAGUCGAAACCCUGUGCUCGAACUAAAUGUUGUUUUUUUUUAUGAUAUCUCAGUAACGUCGACAAUCGAGUUUUCCGAAAUCUGAAUAAGACAUUCUUCUUCAAACAUUGAAUAGCUGUAGGAUAAAAAUUCAUCCAUUCACUGAAA